AUGGAUUCACAUGGGGUUUAUGCUCGCAAUGAUGUGGUAGUGAAGAUUUAUGAAGAUGAUAAUACUCUUUGUGAAGUGCUCCCUGGUGAUAAUGUAACCCGCUUGAAGUAUGACAACCCUAUAUUAUUUGACUUAAGUAUGAUUAGUAGUGGCGUUGUUACCGAUAGAAGAAACCUUAUAAAUCAACAAGUGGUUGGGUGCUAUGGAUAUGUCAAUCCAAAUUGUGCUCGUCAAGUUUCUAGCAUGCUUGGAAGCACUGUUUUUGUGAGCAAACGUAUUGAUUUAUCUUGCUUGGUUUCCUUAAAAGUUACUUUCUGUUCUCUCUCACUAUAUCACUUGCUUAUUGGCAAUACCGCAACAGGCAAAUGUGAAAGAAUCAAAGUCACAAAGCUAGCAAUGCAAUGUGUGAAAAAUGAUCCUCAGAAGUGCCCGACCAUGAAGCAAGUUGUCAAGUAUUUAGGGAAUUUGCAUGCUGUUCAGCUUCAUGCUUCCAAUUUCGCCAUUGAUCAGGCACUUCCUGUUCUUAUUUAUAAUGCUAAGCAACAGCCAGAUCAGUAUUCAGGGAAAGGUUCUUCAGGACAAGAUCACAAUUUGCUACAGGUAUUUUCUUACGAAGAGUUGAGUAUGUUCACCAAAGGAUUUGAUGAAGAAAACUUCAUUGAUGACUUUCAAUUUGGAAGAGUGUUUCGUGGAAGGAUUGAAGGAAGCCCGGUGACAGUGAAGGUUUGGGAAUUUCAAUGCUGGUAUAAGGUUGAGCCGGGCCAUAAUGAAGGCAGGUUGAUGGAUGAAAUUGUUUUGCUUCAGCAUGCUAAACUGGUCUCUCAUCCAAACUUGGUAAAGUUGAUAGGGUACUGCUAUGAAGGGGAGAAUCUUGGUGUUAUUUAUGACCUUAACCCAUUGGAUACUGUAUAUAACCUCGUAGCGAAAGUGCGCAACAUAAGUGCAUCUCAUAUAAUGCUUGAUCAGGACUUCAACCCAAAACUAUUUGAUUUCGGGACGUUUUCUGGCGGAAUCCUACCUUACCGUGGACACGAAAAAUACCCAUGCGUGCAUGGAUGCAAUGGUUACAUGGAAGACCUUUACUAUGAAAUGCCAGGACUAGAAGAAGAUGAUGUGUUUGCAUAUGGUUUGGUGCAUUUGAACCUGAUAUCCAAAAGAUUUUGUUCAGAAGUAGACAUUAUAACUAAUGACAUGCCUCUUGAUUUUAACCCGUAUGGGAAUUAA